AAAGUCCUGCAGUCAAUCUUCCUCACCUAGCAAUGACUGUGGAGGCAGCUCACUUUCCUGAUACUGCACCACAGCUACCUGAAGCCAGUGUCUCUUCCUCUCAGAGUCCAGCAACUUCCUCUCGACCAGGCCUCCCUUCACCUCUCUAUGGUUCUGGAGCCGCACCACUCACUGAAGUGGACUAUCAACCAGACCUACCACAACCAAAUACGUAUAGGUUAGAUCACUGGAACGAGUCACUACGAGGUUUGAAUAACCCGAGGGGGAAGGGUGAGAAUGACGCAAUCGUGACCGAG